GCCGGCCGUUGCCCGCCUGCCGCCGCGCCCGUCGCAGCGGGCGCUGGGAGCCGCGGCAUCGGCGGCAUCGGCUUUCACUUUCCUGCUCGGCCAGGUUUCCACAUUGUUGUGGUUCUUUGGGUUUGUUUUUCUCUUGAAAUGGUAGGUAACAGCUGCCGAGGGAUGAAGUCUCCACCUCUCCUCGUGGCUGCACUCGUGGCAUGCAUCAUUGUUUUGGGUUUUAACUACUGGAUUGCAAGUUCUCGCAGUGUGGAUCUGCAGAGUCGGAUCAUGGAUCUGGAAGGCAAAGUCCGAAGGGCGGCAGCGGAGAGGGGUGCUGUGGAGGUCAAAAAGAAUGAAUUCCAAGGGGAGUUAGAGAAGCAGAGACAGCAGAUCGACAAAAUCCAGUCCAUGCACAGUUUUCAGAUGGAAAAUGCCAACAGAGUUCAUCAGGAAGAGAAGGCGGUGCUGAUGAGUAACAUCACAGUAAAUGAACGGUUGAUACAGAGUCUACGAGACCAUUUGAAAGAGCUACAGACAGAAUAUGGAAAGCUGCAGCUGGAUGUUUACUGGUUUCAGAAGAACCAGACUAACCUUCAGAGGAAGUUCUCAUAUGACCUGUCACAGUGCAUCAACCAGAUGAAAGAAUUAAAAGAACAAUGCGAAGAAAGGAUAGAUGAGCUUACAAAAAAAGGUAGCGAUGUACCACAAAUCAAAGAGAACAAAGACUCUGCAGAACAUUCAAAAAAUAGCCAGGUCAAUACUCAACAGCCAGCCUUGAAGCAAGCUGAGUUCAAGCAGGCUGACUCGGAACAGCAGAAACCUAGUGAGGAUCUGCUUAAGGCAGUGCCUACAGCAAUAAAGAUCGACCCACUGCAGGUUAAAGAAAGAAUAAACAGCCUAGCUGACAUCAGAAAACAGGACCUUGAAGCGGAAGAGGAGAAGCCUCCUAGUCAACUGAAGAACCCAGAGGAGUCACUUGCUGCUGCUGCAAGUGACAAGGAGAUGCUGCCUGAGUCAGACAAGGAGCCAAAUCAGACUGAAGAUGAAAAACACAUAGCUGGGCAAGAUGCCUUACAGCUGGCAGCAGAGCAGGCUGCCAGUGAGGAAAUUGAGAGGGAGCAGCUCCUAAAUUAUGAUGCUAAGCAGGAUGACUUGCCCCCUAGAAAUGCCGACAAACAGGAAGCACUAAACCAGGACAAGGAUGUUGAUUACAAUUUAGAUGAAAACGAAGCUGAAUCAGAAACGGACAAGCAAGCAGCACUUGCAGGGAUUGAAAAUGUUCAAAACCCUGCAGAUGAGAAGAAUCACUUAUCUGAGCAUGGUGAAGAACGACAAAAGUUGUGAAUAAAGGAGGUUCAUGGUGCAACUUCAUCACCUCUUCAUAAAAAUGCAGCAAUGACAAGAAAAGUGAUUCCAGAACCUUUUGAUUAUCUUCUCAAGGCUUCAAUAAGAGCCCAAAUGAAGUAGUAUUUCCUGUGUGAAGUGUUUCGACUGAUUCAAGCUUGGUUUAAAGCAGCUUGACCUUUGCAAUGACUCUUUCAUUCCUACCUGUAAGAUACUGACAGAACCUCCAGACUGGUGGCAGAUGAGCACAAGUCCUCUGCCAACGACAAAUUUCUUCCCUGACUAAUGCAGGAGAGAGAAAUCUCCAGCCUGGUUUUAAGAGGAGCUUAGGAAGAACUAACUUGCCAUGUCAAAACGCGGGAAAGGCUGAAAACUUGGCUCAAGCUACACUCUACUCUUGUGCCUAUUCUGGCACCUUUUUACUGCAGUGUAGGUAGUCACAGAAAGCAUGAUGGUUAUGCACUUAAGCCGUAUAUUUCCUGGGCCUCCAAAAUGAUGUUGCUAGGUUACACUGUAGCCAGGCUGAAACACUGUUCUGGUUGUUUUCUUAGCCUUUAGGUUAGGAAAAAGGGUUCUGACAUUAGUAUCAUCUGGUUAAGACAUUAGCCAGGAGGACUUUUCUGAAAGCUCUGUGGGACUCCUGUUCACAACACCAGUACUACACAAAGGUUCAGUUACUGCUAUCUUGCAUAUGUUCGGUGUGAAAUGUUCGCACUCUUGCACUUUCUGUGACAAGAAGCCAUCUGAAGUGGUGUGUGCGGCCUGCCCUUUACUCCACCCUGUCUUCACAGAAAGGGAAACGCUGGUCUUGUAGAACAGCAGUCACCUCAGCUGUUCAAAGUGACUAAUCGCUUUUGGCUGGACUUGUAAAGAAGUGAAGCCAGACUGUGCCUUUACAGACAUCUCAAUGUCUCACAUAGGUGAAACUCUUGUCAAUAUCCUGUAGUCUGUCUUUUCUGUUAACUCAUUGAAUGUAAACUAGACACUAGUUUACUUGCAAUAACCUAGGAAUACCUUCUCUUACCAACUAAGGCACCAGUCCAGCCUGCACUCUGUGUAACCAGCUUGUUUGAAAACUGUAUUUGUGUUUGGAGCAGUCUUUGUGACUAUUAACCAACCCUCAUCAAGACGGCAUGGAGACAGACAUGAUUAACUUCCCAACAAGCAAUUUAAGAAAAUACAAAUACGUCUUGGCUUUCUCUUACUGCAGUUCAUUUUGUAUCUGUGUUUGUGGUGUGUCACUCCUCAGGGUACUAGUUUACAACUCAUGUACCUUAACAUAUCUGUAUCUGCAAGUGGAAGGCUAGUUAUUGUGUAUGAAAAGGAUAGGAGUUGUCAUCCAGUGAAAGGCAGAGCUCAAGUCAAAUGCUGCUUAUUAAGCCUGAACAUGUAAACAGUUCAACUGAUCAACCUGCCACCUGUAACUUGAAUUCUUCUAAGAAAAGCACUUCCGUUACUGAGUUCCUGGUUACUCUGUUCUUUUCACCAUUUAAGUCAAGUCAGACUUAAAUGACCUAGGUUACUGCAGUCAGUACAGCACGGGAAACAAAUGCUUGUAAGCAGGAGAGAAAAGGAGGUAUGAGCGUCUAAUUGAAAAGGAUGGGGGAGCUUCAGCUAUUAAGGUUGGGGGUUUUUUUUCCCAAGUAAAUAAUGGCAUGUUUCAGUAGUUAAAGCUGGAUGUCUAGGAUAUAGAGUUUUAAAAUUAAAGGAUGUUUAGUUGGAAUUGUAGUUUACAUAAUGCAAACUGAAAUUUUCAGUUGCAUGAGGCAGGGACAGUGUCUUUGCUGUUACCAUCUUGGGGUUAAACACUUGUCUGUCAGGUUUUUUUUUUUAAAUUUAAGUUUGAUCCACUUUAGAUAUGCAUUUUAAAAUAAAAAUAAUAAUUCUCUUCUGUGUAUUCACCUUACUCUGUACAGUUCAUCUGCUUCUAAUGUUAACGAAAACAGGAAAGACAAUGAAUUGUGUUUUCUUGGUUCUAUAAAUGAUGUGGAACUUGGCUUUUGUUUCACUUGCUGCUUCCUCUCGAGAAAUACCAAAGGCUGUCCUUCAGCUGUUGUCAUGGAGUUCAAGACUUUUAAGACAGGAAAGAUUUUGUGACUGUUCGUAAGAAGGCAGCAAAAAACAGACAAAUUCUCAGUGUCCUGUACUAGAGCCAGUUUGCCAUCUUUACGCCUGCAUUUCCCAGGAUUUUCAUUACAGAAGCAUCAGGUAUAUUAAUCAUGACAAUAAGCAAACAUGUAAAAUAGGCUGCAGCCUCUUUAGCAUGGAGAUGAGGAAAACUGUGUCUUAACAGUACUCCUGCUUAUUUCAAGAAACUGGAAAUUCCUAGCAGACAAGGGCCUGUUCCUCUUCAGAGUUUCUUGUUUUCCAACUGUAGCUUAGCAGUGGGGAGUUAAAGGAGGAUUACUCCACAGAACAAAUUGUUAGGAGAAACACAAACAAGCAACUUGCAUGGACAAAAAUGCAUUGCUAUGGAGGAAGCCAUUUUGCACCAAAAGCACCAAAAUGAAGAGCUGUCCGAUCCAACACAGUCAAACCUGGAAGACUUGCUUUUAUGGCCCAGGUAAGACUUGGCAGGACAGCUAAAAGUAAGUUAUCUUUUUUAAUUGUUUUUUUUUCCCUCCUCUCUUGCAUGAGAAGGUUGCUCAUCAGCAUAGCUGCAGCACUUUACAUCUGGAAACAAAGGACAAAGAAGCACUCCAGGAAGAAAAGGGCAGUUUUCGGGCUCCUGUUUGGGUUUUCUACCUCAAUCAACCACUACAUUAGGCAGUAGGAUCCAGUGGCAGCAUGGCAGUUAAAAACAAGAGAACGAAAGUCAUGCAAGAGGUGACAGAACAACAGGUCGGCAAUCCUUCCUUUGCAAUGGCAAAGUAACAACAGGCUUGAAAUAAAGUUGCAAAGUGGUAACUUUA